GGCGGAGGAGGGAGUCCGCGAGGGAGGGUCCACCCGGCCCCCCGCCGCCGGAGCCGCCGCCACCGCCUCAGCCGCCGCUAGACUAGGAGCAGCAGAACAUGGCGCCGGGGCCGCCGUCGCCGCUGCCGGGAUCCCGGAGGCCGGGGCCGCGCUGAGGGUGCCCAGCUGGAAGAAAUGUUGGCUCUUGGGCGAUGAGAAGUGACAAAAACUGACCUCAUACUGGUAUACAAACACUACGGGACCUGAUACUUCUGCUGCGUGGGCAGCUGGCCCCCACUGAUAAUGUUGGGAAGCCAUCAGGCCCAGUGGAAAACACUACUAAUCUGAUCUUGGAAGUGGCUGAUUGUGGCAGGAUGUGUCGACGAUGAUGAUGGCAAGAAAGCAAGAUGUCCGCAUUCCCACCUACAACAUCAGUGUGGUGGGAUUGUCUGGGACAGAGAAGGAGAAGGGCCAGUGCGGCAUUGGGAAGUCUUGUCUGUGCAACCGCUUCGUGCGCCCAAGUGCUGAUGAAUUUCACUUGGACCAUACCUCUGUCCUCAGCACCAGUGACUUUGGUGGGCGAGUGGUCAAUAAUGACCACUUUCUCUACUGGGGAGAAGUUAGCCGAUCCCUGGAGGAUUGCGUGGAAUGUAAGAUGCACAUCGUGGAGCAGACUGAAUUCAUUGAUGAUCAGACUUUUCAACCUCAUCGAAGCACGGCCCUACAGCCCUAUAUUAAGAGAGCUGCUGCCACCAAGCUCGCAUCAGCUGAAAAACUCAUGUACUUUUGCACUGACCAGCUGGGGCUGGAGCAGGACUUUGAGCAGAAACAAAUGCCAGAUGGAAAGCUGCUAAUUGAUGGUUUUCUUCUUGGUAUUGACGUUAGCAGGGGCAUGAAUAGGAACUUUGAUGACCAGCUCAAGUUUGUCUCCAAUCUCUACAAUCAGCUUGCAAAAACAAAAAAACCCAUCGUGGUGGUCCUGACUAAGUGUGAUGAGGGCGUUGAGCGGUACAUUAGAGAUGCACAUACUUUUGCCUUAAGCAAAAAGAACCUCCAGGUUGUGGAGACCUCAGCAAGAUCCAAUGUAAACGUGGACUUGGCUUUCAGCACCUUAGUGCAACUCAUUGAUAAAAGUCGGGGAAAGACGAAAAUCAUUCCUUACUUUGAAGCUCUCAAGCAGCAGAGUCAGCAGAUAGCUACGGCAAAAGACAAAUACGAGUGGCUGGUGAGUCGCAUUGUGAAAAACCACAAUGAGAACUGGCUAAGUGUCAGCCGAAAGAUGCAGGCCUCUCCUGAGUACCAGGACUACGUCUACCUGGAAGGGACUCAGAAAGCCAGGAAGCUGUUUCUCCAGCACAUCCACCGCCUCAAGCACGAGCAUAUUGAGCGCAGAAGGAAGUUGUACCUGGCAGCCCUGCCGCUAGCUUUUGAAGCUCUUAUACCCAAUCUAGAUGAAAUAGACCACCUAAGCUGCAUAAAAGCCAAAAAGCUCUUGGAGACCAAGUCAGAAUUCUUAAAGUGGUUCGUUGUGCUUGAAGAGACCCCGUGGGAUGCCACCAGCCACAUUGACAACAUGGAGAACGAGCGGAUUCCCUUUGAUUUAAUGGAUACAGUUCCCGCAGAGCAGCUGUAUGAGGCCCACUUAGAGAAACUACGGAAUGAGAGGAAAAGAGCUGAGAUGAGAAGAGCAUUUAAAGAAAACCUGGAGACUUCGCCUUUCAUCACUCCUGGAAAACCCUGGGAAGAGGCCCGUAGUUUCAUCAUGAAUGAAGAUUUCUACCAGUGGCUGGAAGAAUCUGUAUAUAUGGAUAUCUAUGGCAAACACCAAAAGCAGAUUAUAGACAGAGCAAAGGAAGAGUUUCAGGAGCUGCUUCUGGAAUAUUCAGAAUUAUUCUAUGAGCUGGAGCUGGAUGCAAAGCCCAGCAAGGAGAAGAUGGGGGUCAUUCAGGAUGUUCUGGGGGAGGAACAGCGAUUUAAAGCAUUACAGAAGCUCCAAGCGGAGCGCGAUGCCCUUAUUCUGAAGCACAUUCAUUUUGUGUACCACCCAACAAAGGAAACGUGCCCUAGCUGCCCAGCUUGUGUGGAUGCUAAGAUUGAGCACUUGAUUAGUUCUCGGUUUAUUCGGCCAUCUGACCGGAAUCAGAAAAAUUCCCUCCCUGACCCCAACAUCGAUAGAAUUAACUUGGUUAUCUUGGGCAAAGAUGGUCUUGCCCGAGAGUUGGCCAAUGAGAUUCGAGCCCUUUGUACAAAUGAUGACAAGUAUGUGAUAGAUGGUAAAAUGUAUGAGCUUUCCCUGAGGCCAAUAGAAGGGAAUGUCAGGCUUCCUGUGAACUCUUUUCAGACGCCAACAUUUCAGCCCCAUGGUUGUCUCUGCCUCUACAAUUCAAAGGAAUCUCUGUCCUAUGUGGUGGAGAGUAUAGAGAAGAGUAGAGAGUCCACACUUGGCAGGCGAGAUAAUCAUUUAGUCCAUCUCCCCCUGACGUUAAUUUUGGUUAACAAAAGAGGAGACACCAGUGGAGAGACCCUGCAUAGCUUAAUACAGCAAGGCCAGCAGAUUGCUAGCAAACUUCAGUGUGUCUUUCUGGACCCUGCUUCUGCUGGCAUUGGUUAUGGACGCAACAUUAAUGAAAAGCAGAUCAGUCAAGUUUUGAAAGGACUCCUGGACUCUAAGCGUAACUUAAACCUGGUCAGUUCUACUGCCAGCAUCAAAGAUCUAGCUGAUGUUGACCUGCGAAUUGUCAUGUGUCUGAUGUGUGGAGAUCCUUUUAGUGCAGACGACAUACUCUUUCCUGUCCUUCAGUCCCAAACCUGUAAAUCUUCCCAUUGUGGAAGCAACAACUCUGUUUUACUUGAACUACCAAUCGGACUACACAAGAAGCGCAUUGAACUAUCUAUUCUUUCAUACCAUUCCUCGUUCAGCAUCAGAAAAAGCCGGUUGGUCCAUGGGUACAUUGUUUUUUAUUCAGCCAAACGUAAGGCCUCCUUGGCUAUGCUACGUGCCUUUCUUUGUGAAGUGCAGGAUAUUAUCCCCAUUCAGCUGGUUGCACUCACUGACGGCGCUAUAGAUGUCUUGGACAAUGACUUAAGUCGGGAACAGCUGACCGAGGGGGAGGAGAUUGCCCAAGAAAUCGAUGGCAGGUUCACAAGCAUCCCCUGUAGCCAACCCCAGCAUAAACUUGAGCUCUUCCACCCAUUUUUUAAAGAUGUGGUGGAGAAAAAGAACAUAAUCGAGGCUACUCAUAUGUACGAUAAUGUUGCCGAGGCCUGUAGCACCACAGAGGAGGUGUUUAACUCCCCCCGGGCAGGCUCUCCGCUCUGCAACUCAAACCUGCAGGAUUCAGAAGAGGAUAUUGAGCCCCCUUCUUACAGCCUAUUUCGAGAAGACACAUCACUGCCCUCCCUGCCCAAAGACCAUUCCAAGCUCUCUAUGGAACUGGAGGUAAAUGAUGGGUUGUCUUUCAUCAUGAGCAACUUUGAGAGUAAACUGAACAACAAAGUACCUCCACCAGUCAAACCAAAGCCUCCUGUCCACUUUGAAAUUACAAAGGGGGAUUUGUCUUACUUAGACCAAGGCCAUAGAGAUGGACAAAGGAAGUCUGUGUCUUCUAGCACCUGGUUACCUCCAGAUGGGUUCGAUCCUUCUGAUUACGCCGAACCCAUGGAUGCUGUGGUCAAGCCAAGGAAUGAAGAAGAAAACAUAUACUCAGUGCCCCAUGACAGCACCCAAGGCAAGAUCAUCACCAUUCGGAAUAUCAACAAAGCCCAGUCUAACGGCAGUGGGAAUGGUUCCGACAGUGAAAUGGACACCAGCUCUUUAGAGCGAGGCCGCAAAAUAUCCAUCGUGAGCAAGCCAGUGCUGUACAGGACGAGAUGCAGCCGGCUGGGGAGGUUUGCUAGUUACCGAACCAGCUUCAGUGUGGGGAGCGACGAUGAGCUGGGGCCCAUCCGGAAGAAAGAGGAGGACCAGGCAUCCCAAGGUUAUAAAGGGGACAAUGCUGUCAUUCCGUAUGAAACAGAUGAAGACCCAAGGAGGAGGAAUAUUCUUCGCAGUCUAAGAAGAAACACUAAGAAACCAAAGCCCAAACCCCGGCCAUCCAUCACGAAGGCAACCUGGGAGAGUAACUAUUUUGGGGUCCCCUUAACAACUGUCGUGACUCCAGAGAAGCCAAUUCCUGUUUUUAUUGAGAGAUGCAUCGAGUACAUUGAAGCCACAGGACUGAGCACUGAAGGCAUCUACCGGGUCAGCGGGAACAAGUCGGAGAUGGAGAGUCUACAGAGACAGUUUGAUCAAGACCACAACCUGGACCUGGCAGAGAAAGACUUUACAGUCAACACUGUGGCUGGUGCCAUGAAGAGCUUUUUCUCAGAGCUGCCGGACCCUCUGGUCCCGUACAGCAUGCAGAUUGACCUGGUGGAAGCGCACAAAAUCAACGACCGGGAGCAGAAGCUGCAUGCUCUCAAGGAGGUACUCAAGAAAUUUCCAAAGGAAAACCAUGAAGUGUUCAAAUACGUCAUCUCUCACCUGAACAAAGUCAGCCACAACAACAAGGUGAAUCUCAUGACCAGUGAGAACCUCUCCAUCUGCUUCUGGCCCACGCUGAUGAGGCCCGACUUCAGCACCAUGGAUGCGCUCACGGCCACGCGGACCUAUCAGACAAUCAUUGAGCUCUUCAUCCAGCAGUGCCCGUUCUUCUUCUACAAUCGGCCCAUCAGUGAGCCUCCCGGGGCCACGCCCAGCUCCCCCUCCGCUGUGGCUUCCACCGUGCCCUUCCUCACCUCCACGCCCAUCACCAGUCAGCCGUCACCCCCCCAGUCGCCUCCGCCCACCCCCCAGUCCCCAAUGCAGCCACUGCUCCCCUCCCAGCUUCAAGCUGAGCACACGCUGUGAGUCAAGGCCUGGGGCAAAAGGAGGCUGUCUUCUCUUCAAAGAAAGUGGUGGCAUUUGGCCUUGAACACAGCCAGGUCCACUGGGACAGGGGUGGGGAGGGUGUGCCCUCUCCCCUGUCACCUUACCAAGACCUCAGCGGUAGCACCAGCCAAACGCCCACCAUAGGCUGGGCCGUCAGGCGCCCGGAGCCCGGCACUCAGACCUGGGGCUGGCUGCAGGCAGUGGCCGGGGGGCCCUGCCCUUUGACAUGGACCCCUUUGAGGACUGAACUGGUCAGGCAGCGGCCCCAGGGACCCUCCACACGCUCGCUCGCUGCUCUCCAGACCGCCGGCCAUGCACACUGGCCUCGGGGCGUUGGCCGCAGCUCGGGCAGAGCCUUUGGCAGCGGAAGGAGGAGGUUCUGAGAUGCAGGCCACCCCAGGGCAGGCCUGGCAGCCACUGAGGAGAACACUUUCAUCUGUCUCUUCCCACCUUCCCUACCUGGCACCCCCACUCCCAGUUGGUGGGUGCAGCCUGUCUAGCAACCUCCUUGGGAACAUGUGGGCCAGGGCUCUGCCACCCCAAGGUACGGUGCUGAGGGCUCCUGCCCGGCGAUCAGGACAGAGGGAGGUAGCUUUGUGCCUGGACCAAGUGAGAGCGCGCCUUCCCCUCCAGCGCUCACACGCCCUCCCCCCAUAGGCUUCGGGGUGCAUUCCCUUUGCAGCAGAGGAACACUGGAAGAAAAAUGGAAAAACCCAUCUAAUAAUUUUAAAAAAGAAAAAGGAAGAAACUGCCAGGAGAAAACUGCAGACCUCAAGAUUCAGCCCUCCUCCCACCUCUCUGAGAGGCACCCAGGCGGCGCGCGGCCCUUCUCUUGUGACAGCAAAACAAGGAGGCCCAGGGCCUGCUGCCUGCGAGCCUGUUGGGGUCCCACUCACGUUCUCUCACCAGACCCGUCUUUCCCCCAAGAAGAUGGUUUGAGUCCUUGUUGGGCAGAGCUGGGAGACUAGCAGGCAAGCCUCGAACUCGGUCUGCCUUCGAACACACUACAGUGCUAUGGAAACACUACUUUGUGUGUGUAUUUGUGUGUGUGUGCGUGGGGGGGGCGGGGUACACCUGUGAGGGAGGGCACAGCUGAGGGCGCUGGGGUGCGCUGGGGUCUGGACGAGUGUGUUUGGUGUUGAAGUAGAAUCAUUUCCAUCCCGAGCCGCAGAUGCCGCGCCAGCAGCACCGUCUGUGGGAAGCAGCCGAGCUGUGGUGGUCUGCUGCCCGCAGGGCACCCCGCACGCCCGCAGGGCCCGCCGGGACCGCAGGCACAAGGGGAGGUGCUGUGCCUGCCUGUCACACCGCACCACCCCCCUCCCCGGCCUUCCCCAGCCCAUCCUGGGACGUGGCCUUCCCCUUCCCUCCGCUUCCUGGUCACUGGCCCCAGCCCGUGCCCCACCUCUGCCCCACAAACAGCUGCCUUGCCAAGGCUGCUGCGGACAUGGCUGUCCCCCACUCCUGGGGCGGGGCCGCAGCCUCAGCAGUGGAGGAGCCUGGCACUAAGGCGCCCGGGGUGUGGGGGAGAGGGCCCCACGCACCACCCCAUCCUCUGGGCCUCUUUGCACUUUAAGCAGCACCUGUGGUAUGGCCGAUGCCCUGGGUCACCUCAGCUGGGUGGCCUGACAAAGCUAAGAGGUGCCUCAGCAUGAUCUCCAGCCACGCCCUUUGCUCACUGACUUCUUCCUGUGGAUAAGCUGGAUACUUAACUGUUUUUAGUUCUUGUAUGGCAAGAUAAGGUGCUUGGAAAACUAAAUUAUCCCUGCAAGUUUUACCCCCUCUUUAGGAACACAAGUCAAAAACCAGAGCCACGGUACAUGAAUGCUGUGUCAGUGUUGGGUGAGGACCGUCUCUUCCGGGGGAGGCUGCUUUAGGGUGCGAUAGGCUGAAUGGCGGUGGUCGCGUUUAGUGAUGGCCCAGGUAGGCAGACCCCGCCGGGCAAGUACGGAAAUGGCUCCGUGGGAUGAAUUUCUCCCUUUUUCUAGGUUGUGCGCACUUACUCCCAAUCAGCCCUUCAAGGGUACCAUUAAAGGGAAAUCGUGAGGGUGGCCUGCAGCCACUGUCCCUGGUGUGAACUAAGUAGCUUGGUCCCCUCCCAUUUCCCAGUAUACACUGCCACCUCCUUUGUGCUGUCCCCCCUCUCCUCCAGUCUGCCACCUGCAGCCUCGGCUCCGCACCAGGAGCUCUCAAGCCCCCACGCUCCUGCCUUCCCACGCCGCCACCCCAUCCCUGAGACAGCACAGGCGCGCACGUGUUGGGGGCAGGGGCGGCAGCAGCUGUGCGGCUCGCCCCCGCCCCUGCCGAGAGCGCCUCCAGCCCGGCGGCACCCCCUGGCGGCCACCUGGGGCAGGCGCUGCAGGCCUCGCUGCCCCUGCCUCUGUCCAGCCGGGACUCUGAAGGUGUGCAGGGAGGACUGGUGGCUCUUGCCUCAGAACUGCAGUGGGCAGGAAGCGCCAGGGGUAUCCUUUGCUUCUGUUUGCUCUGCUAACCUUCUAGCUUUUCUGCUUUUCCAGGCUGACUCGGGCUAGAGGACAUUUCUUGGUGGUUCUGAGCUGGCGCUGCCCUAGCAGCAGUACUGGGCCCUGGGCUUCAGCUUCCAGGCGGAGUCUGCGUCCCAACCAAGUGGGUACUCAGACGGGACGCACCGGGAGGGCCAGGGUGCGUGUUGGGACACUGCCCUGAACAGAUUGCAUCCCCCAGCUCUCAGAACUGAGGGAAAGCUGGCAGGGAUCCUCCACGGCCGAAAGGGAUCAGCCAGGGUGUGAGACAUGCUCCGUGUCCCUCCGCCAGCCAGCAGAGUAGUCACGUGCCCAGCACCUUCCCCCCCCCCCCCCCCCAGGCCAGCGUGCUUUUUAGUCCGCGGGCCCGCAGACCCCAUUCAGGAAUGGACAGCCCAUGGUUGUCAGCAGGCUGAUUCCGGGUGUGUGGCAGGGAUGCGGCCGGAGCGAGGGAGGCGGCCCGCGGUUAGAAGCACAGCUUGUGGAUCUGUCCUGAGUUCUUGGCUGUGUUGCAUGCGCAUCCGGUCUCAGCAUUCUAUCAAGUCGGUCUUCCCAUCGCUUUGGAAGAGGGAUGCUGCGUGAAGGAUGCAGUGCUGUUUUUGGGUGCUCUGCGCCCCGCUGCCGCCUUGGUUUCCCAGCCUACAGGAAGCGUGCCUCUCUCUGGGAGAUUCUCGCAGCGGAACGUGUGUCUGUGCUGGGUGGGCGGCCUGCCAGCCACAGGGCCCGGGAGAGUGCGCCGUCCCCUCUCCCUGCGCGUCAGCUCGGCGGGGGCAGGGGGUGGGGGGGCUUGAGGGAGACCGCUCUCUGGGCCGCAGGUGUUCCAGCCUGCGCCCUGAACCUUGAAAACCGGCUGCAGCAUUUGUGAUCUGAAGUCCUCUCCAUCUGCACCCCACCCAUCCUGUGAGAACACGCUACUUAGUGGCGGGGAGGGGUCUCCUAGAGAAAGCAGUAGACAGUGGCCAAGGAAGCACUGGCGCCACAGCCCUCAUGUAUGGUGGCCUGUCUCCUGGGGCUCCGCUUUCUGGGGACAGUCACAGCACUCUGCAGACAGUGGCCCUCCUAUUGCUUGGCAGGUUCAAGCCACUUACUUUCUCUUAGGUGAAAGGUCAGGCUGAGUCGUGUAUGCCAGAAACCUAAGUCACACCUGGGACUGUGCUGGGGGUGGCACCAGGAAGGGGCUGGUAUCGGGAAAGGCCACUCAUCUCCCAAGGUCCCGGGUGGGCCUCCCCCGGGCUGUGCCUGCGUCGCCAUCUUAGACGGGAAGGACACGUCCCUCCUCUGGAAGCCAGCUUCCCGGCCUGCGGGCCCUCCCCCGAGACCAGGGGUGCCGCCCGCUCCCGCCCCGCAGCCCUCGCUCCAACGGCAGUGAUGUUACACUCAAUGUAGUCCCGACAGGGCACGUAAGUUAUUGUUUGCAUUAAAAAGAAUCAUGUUCCCUGUGUACAUUUCCAAAAAAAAAAAUGUCUCUGAAUUGUAUGGGAAUAAAACUUGUUUGAAAAUUUGGAAUAGUGCUGCUGCCAGCUUAUUUUUCUGGUACUUGUAUUUUCACAUGUUAAAUGACCUUUAUAUAUGUUGAACUAACAAAUAUUUUGAGUUUCCUGAGAAAAACAGAGACAUUAAUGGUAUUGAAAUGUGUUAGUAGUCUGGCCGUGUGCCCAAAACUCUGUUCGCAGCGAAGUGGAGAACUGUAUGUAAAGAAAGUAUAACAGUUAUUUCUUUGUAUUUUAGGGACUUUAACCAAGACAUCCUCUAGUUGGUGUUAGGAAUGUUUGCUUAAUUUCCAGACUCUCUUUUUUUCUUUUCUUUUUUUCCCUCUUUUGGACACGUGGGUAUUUUGAGGCUCCACCCUGACUAGUGCAUGGUCAGCCGGCAAGUGAGGCUGAGGCAUCUCUCUGACUGAGGUGUUUUUGUUUGGUUUUGUUUUUUAAAAUCAUGUAUUUGCUACAAAGUAUUGUACUUGUCUCAAUGGGAAUGGUGUAAAAAACUGAAAAGGCCUUAUGUGAUAUGUAUCAUAGUUAAUAAAUCAGUCUUGUAA